GGCUGGACAUGUUUGCCCCCUCAGGCAGUGCAGAGUGGACUUUCUACAGAGCUGGACUGAAGGUGGACGUCAAGAUGAAGCUGCUGCCGCUGCUCUUCUGCCUGCUCCUGCUGACCUUCUGCUCAGAAGCCAGUCCUGUGAUCAAAGAGAGCUUCGCCAAACAGCUCCUCCGCAGCAAGAGGCAGAAACCGGGAUACCCGGAUGAGCCGAUGAGGGAGCACAUGCUGUAUUUGCAGCGUUUGGAGCAGAGGGCUCGUGAGACUAAUCUGGAAAACUGGCUAAACCCUCACUGCUUCCCGCGCUGUGACCGUAACUAUGGCUACCCCGUCUGACCGCUCAGCAUAGGAGAGGGAUGAACCAUGACGUGACGACCACGAGAUGGCACACCGAGGAAAGGACCUUAUAAUCUGAGGAGGACAACGCAGAAAAAAAUCAUUCUAGAUUACUGUAGAUUAUAUAACACCACAAUAAGCAUAUAAGAGUAAGAAAUCUGUAUUUAGUCCUUUGUAGAUCAGUGCAGUAAUAAAGCUUAAUGUACCUCUGAUAA